GGGGCGGCCGCGGUGACCGUCGCUCACUUCCGGGAGCGCCCGGGCGCGGUGACGGCCGAGUGUGUGUGUGUCGCGCUGCCCGCCGGGCCACUGCGAGGCCGCCGAGCGCGGGGUGCGCCAGGCCCGAGCCCCCGGUCUCGCCGCCGCGGCCUGUGCCUGCAGCCAUGGGGGCGUCGGCGCGGCUGCUGCGCGCCGUGAUCAUGGGGGCCCCCGGCUCGGGGAAGGGCACCGUGUCCUCGCGCAUCACCAAGCACUUCGAGCUGAAGCACCUCUCCAGCGGGGAUCUGCUGCGGGACAACAUGCUUCGGGGCACAGAAAUCGGCGUGCUGGCCAAUACCUUCAUUGAUCAAGGCAAGCUCAUCCCUGAUGAUGUCAUGACCCGGCUGGUACUUCAUGAGCUGAAAAAUCUCACCCAGUGUAACUGGCUGUUGGAUGGUUUUCCAAGGACACUUCCACAGGCAGAAGCACUGGACAAAGCCUACCAGAUAGACACAGUGAUUAAUCUGAACGUGCCCUUUGAAGUAAUUAAGCAGCGCCUCACUGCUCGCUGGAUUCAUCCGAAGAGUGGCAGAGUCUACAACAUGGAUUUCAACCCUCCCAAGACUGUGGGCAUUGAUGAUGUGACUGGAGAACCUCUCAUCCAGCGGGAGGAUGAUCGGCCAGAAACAGUGAUUAAGAGACUGAAGACCUAUGAAGCUGAAACACAGCCAGUCCUGCAAUACUACCAGAAAAAAGGAGUGUUGGAAAUAUUCACCGGAACAGAAACCAACAAGAUCUGGCCCUAUGUAUAUGCUUUCCUACAAACAAAAGUUCCACAAAUAAACCACAAAGAGUCAGUUAAUCCAUGAGGAAAUACACAGAUAAUUAGUAAGAUGAGAAGCUUCUUUUCCUUCUCUAUUUAAAAAUUUCUUGCCCUCAGAUUCUGGCAAGUAUGAAUUCUUAGAAAAUUAAAUUAAUUUCUGAUGAUUUAUUCUGGAAAUAAAAGAUGUGCCAAAUGAGUCAAGAUACUCAGAGCAAUCUUUUUUACUCAACAACUGUAUUUUAUACAAUUAUCAUCUGUUGAUGUAUAAUUCAGGAACAUCAAUGAUGUUUAAACUUUUGAAAAGUCUUGUGGAGCAUAAUUAAAAGACCAACAGAUGAUUUUCCAACUAUUGCUUAGCAAGUGAUUGACAAGUAUUGUUUUUCUUGGAAGGUAAAAAAUUCUAUGUCAUUUGGGGAAAGUAUCUCAUUAAAGACUUGUGUAGUUGUAUGCCAAAAAUGGUAUUUCUAUCACUGUGGUACAAUUUUUUUUGAGAUUUAUAUCUAUAAAAUUCCAGGAAAAAGCAACUGUAUUUCCAGAUCAGUUCCAGGAUGCAAACUCACUGCUGCCUUUACACUAAGAAACGUACAGUAUAUGCUCUAUCUGUUUUGUUAUGAUGCAUACCUUCAGCUUAGAAUUUUCAGUUUGCUAUAAAAUAUGUUAUAAUAGGAAUCAUUACUUUCACACGACUUUUGGAAAUACCUGUGUACUGAUGUAUUAUAUUUAAUGUGUACAUAUGACUUAUAAGAAAUUGGUAAUAUAACUUCAUGUGUGAACACCAAAUACGAAUUUUCAUUGGAAAAUGUACUUGAAAUCAUAAGUUUCAUAAGCUUAUGUUACUUAUGUUAAGAAAUGUGUGCAUUGGGUUCUGCUUGUCAGUUUUUCUUUUUGCCUAAGAUGUGUGAUCUGCCUUGAUGAGUGACAGAGUACAAGAAGAAAAAAAAACUAAGAGGAAAUCCAUGGCACUACGUAAAGUAAGCAUGUUUUGUCAUUAGAAAUAGAUCAGCUAUGCUUGAGUUUAAGUUCACUGACACAGAAAUAGCAAUUUUAGUUAACAGGUAUAUCGAUGAAAAGGAAUUACUUGACAGUCCAAAAAGGACCAGGAAGGGCUGGGAGCUAUAGUAUAGCGGGUGAGGUGCUGGCCCUGCAUGUGACAUACCCGGGUUCGAUCCUUGGCAUCCAAUAUGGUCCCCUGAGCACUAUCAGGAGUGGUUCCUGAGUGCAGAGUCAAGAGUAACCCCAGAGCAUCGCCAGUGUGGCCUCAUAACAGACAGAUAGGACUAGGAAAGUAACUGAACUUGCUGAAGGAGUUUUUGUUCCUAAUCACACGUGACACUUGUUAGCGUUCACUGCCAUCCUGUCUUCAAGGGAAAGAAUUCUGCUGCAGACUGACAUCUGAACAGCCAUUUAAGAAUCAAUGAUUUCUAAGAUGGGGCAGCAAGGACAAGCGAGGCACAGCCAUGGGUGCUCCUGCUGCCCAGAGAAAUCCCAGGUUGUCUUCAAUGGAAUAGUCACUCCUACUUGGUGCUAAGUCAGAGAAAAUGAGUCCUUGGACAUGCUAUAUCAACUGCCUUUGGGAUUCUGGCCCAUUUUAUUACAGAUACUUAAAAUAUAAAUGCCAGCAAGUGUUUCUUACAUAUCUUCUGAUUUUUAAAACUUCAGUGUUCUUUCCAAAUGGACCAAGGCUUUCAAAUACAAUAAAUAUUUUCUUUAUAAACUUUCUAUAAUGCCUUAUUUGAAUGUUAAUAGUGUGCUUCCUUCAAAUGUUCCUCAAAACUAACAGUAUGAAUUAUCACUAGGUUAUUAUUUUAUUAAUGUAUUAAAUAAAAUUAAAUUUCACAACUGUG